AUGGUCUCCAAAUCAAGCCCCAUCCACAUCGUCGGCGGAGGCGCCUUUGGCCUCUCCACAGCCCUGCACCUCACCAAGGACGGCUAUACGAACAUCACCGUCUUUGAGCGCGACGAGCAGAUCCCCCCUCGCUACUCUGCUGCGAACGACCUGAACAAGAUCGUGCGUGCCGAGUACGAGGAUCCCUUCUACACGGAUCUGACAGUGAAAGCAAUCUCCGCAUGGAAAACCCCCCUCUUCGCCCCGCACUUCCACCAAACGGGCUUCCUGCACUGCGUCUCGGGCGCCGCCCCCGAAAAGGCCAUCGGGACUCUAAAGCGCUUCCAAGCCGCCGCAGACGCCCACCCAGAUAUCAAACCGCACGUCGUGCCCCUCAACGGGCCCGGCGACAUCCGCCCCUGGUUCUGGCAGUGCGACGGCGCUCUCCCGGGCUGGCACGGCUAUCUGAACCGGUUCGACGGGUACGCGCACUCGGGGAAUGCCCUGGCUGGGAUCUACAAAUACACUCAGGCUGCUGGGGUGAAGUUCUUCCUAGGACACCAGCAGGGCGGUGUUGCCGAGGUUGUAUAUAACAAGGAAGGACGGGGAACAGGUGUCCGCACGCGCGAUGGGAAAUUCCACCCGGCCUCGCUGGUGAUCGUAGCAGCGGGCGCGGGAGUUGGAAAGUUGCUUCCUGAACUCGGGACGCAGAUUGUAGCGAAGUCGUGGUCUGUUGCGCAUGUGCUGCUAACGGAUGAAGAGACGAGUGCGCUGCGCGGGAUCCCGAUUACUUAUGCGCGCGACUUUGGGUUCUACUUUGAGCCGGAUCCGAAGACGAAUUUGCUCAAGAUCUGUCCUAUGGGGGGUGGGUAUGUCAAUACGGAUCCGCGGACGGGGGUUUCUCAUGCGCCGGAGGAUCUGGAGACGAGUCGGUUCUUGCCGGCGGAGGAUGAGGGGAGGAUAAGGAAGUUACUGGAGCAGACGCUGCCGGGGUUGGCGAAGAGGCCGCUGGUGCAGAAGACGCUGUGCUGGUUUGCGGAUACGAAGGACUCGGAUUUCAUUGUGGAUUAUGUGCCGGGCAGUAAUGGGUCUGUGGUGGUGCUGUCUGGGGACUCGGGGCAUGGGUUCAAGCUGUUUCCGAUUGUGGGCGAGUGGACGAGGGAUCUGUUGGCUGAGCAGAGCAAGACGCAGAAGAUUGCCAGAUGGCGAUGGAAGAGUCCCCAGGCUGAGGAUAAGGCGAGCUGGGGGGAGGAUGUCAGCUGGAGACUGGGGGAGACGAGAGAACUGAGGGAUGUUCUCCCUGGAAAGACAAAGCUGUAA